AUGACUUUCAUGUCAUUCCUCCGUGAUGAGCGCGUCAUUCUCGUGGGCAUUGGUGCCGCUACGUUCGGCUUGGUCACUAUGAUGACCCAGAUGCUGACGUACAUUCGCGACGACAAUGAAGUCAAGGUUACACCUCCGAAGACGCAGUACAUCACUCAAGAAACAGAGGAUGCGCUCGGUCUCGAUACUCUCGACAAACUUCUAUGCCAUCCUAAUUUCUCCAUACGCGACGUCGCCAUCAAGAUCCUCUGCGACCGCGCCGUCAACGAUCCCGACACUGUCCGGCACUUGCUGUAUGGGAUCACGAGACCGGACUAUGAUACUCGUAUGAAGAAUCUCCGUGCUUUGGCAACAUUGACAGGGCAGACUAAUGACUUCGCAGAGGGUCUCUCAAAGCUGCACACAUGGAGAGCAUACACUGCCCUUGUCAGAUCUCUGGAGUUGAGCCUCGACGACGUGGAGCAAGCCAAAUUGGACGACAAGUACUGGGACGAAUACUAUCUCCGCGAUAUGGCCGAACGUUUCUGCCUCAUGUUCGUCCUCGAGCUCAUCACUAAGUACGGUGCGGAUAUGUUGGUGAAGGCCAGGUUCGUGGAGAAAUGGCUAGCCAAGCAGCAUUGGGGAGACGACGAAGCGGAACGGCAGGAGAACUUUACCUAUUACAUGGAGCACAAGAACAAUCGCAUCGUCGACAUUGUUACGAGGAUCGCGCACACAACGCAGGGGGCACAGGCAAUUCUCGCCUGUGGCCUCGUCUCCAAAACCAGGCCCGGUAUAAACCCAGAUCCUAACCUCUCUGGCUUCACCGUUGUGUUGCAGUCCACGCUGUGCAACGUGGACAACGUGGACGGCGACGAAGAAGGACUACAUGCGGUGGGCCAAGUGCCCCGUGCGCAAGAGCAUUCGGCCGAGGAACAACGUCUCAGACGCCAACACCGCGAGGCGAUGGUAUUCAACGAUGGCACACGCCCCAUUGGAAGGGAAGACAUCAUUGAGAGAAAUCAAGAUUCACCGACCUGA